AGCUGAGAUGCAGAUUUGGCAUCAGAAGUAGACUCACAUACACACACAUACAGCUGAGCAUCCUCAGGAGCAGAGUUAUAGCAUGCUGCAAGGAGAGAUGCAGUAGGAAUAAGGCUCCUAGGCUGCCCCUUUAAUUUCUCCAGCAUCAGCAUUUUCUUCCUCUCUUUUGCAGACUUGCAGGCUGCUUUCCCUAUCAUUUCUCUAGCAAGUCAGGAAGAUGAGGGAAGGCUUUGUGAUAGAGUGUGUGAUCACUGGCAUGGCUUUGCUGUGUGCUAGUAUCUCUGCAUCUGCUGAUAACAGACCUGUUCUCACUGGGAAUUUUUUGGUGGACUUACAUGAAGGAGGAGAGCAAGAAGCCAAACAACUUGCUAAGGAAUACGGCUUUGGUGGGGCCAGAAAGCUCCCCUUUGCCAACACUUUAUAUCAUUUUUAUGGCAGUGGAGUUCCGAAGACCAGAAGGAAACGGAGCAGCAAAAGCAAAAACCAAUUAGAAAUACAUCCCAAGGUAAGAAAAGUUGCUCAGCAAGAAGGCUUUGACAGAAAGAAACGAGGAUAUAGAGACAUAAAUGACAUCGAUAUUAACAUGAAUGACCCCUUAUUUACAAAACAGUGGUACCUGAUCAACACAGGUCAAGCAGAUGGGACUCCAGGACUUGACUUAAAUGUAGCAGAAGCUUGGGAGCUGGGAUACACAGGGAAAGGCGUUACUAUAGCAAUUAUGGAUGAUGGAAUAGAUUACCUUCACCCAGAUCUUGCCUCGAAUUAUAACGCAGAGGCAAGCUACGACUUCAGCAGCAAUGAUCCUUAUCCUUAUCCGCGAUAUACAGAUGACUGGUUUAACAGCCAUGGAACUCGGUGUGCGGGAGAAGUAUCUGCUGCUGCAAACAACAACAUUUGUGGGGUGGGAGUUGCAUAUAAUUCAAAAGUUGCCGGAAUUCGUAUGUUGGAUCAACCCUUUAUGACUGAUAUCAUCGAAGCUUCCUCCAUCAGUCACAUGCCACAGGUCAUAGACAUUUACAGUGCCAGCUGGGGGCCCACCGACGAUGGCAAGACAGUGGACGGACCAAGAGAAUUGACUUUACAGGCCAUGGCGGAUGGGGUGAACAAGGGCCGUGGAGGUAAGGGCAGCAUUUACGUAUGGGCAUCUGGAGAUGGUGGAAGUUAUGAUGACUGUAACUGUGAUGGUUAUGCCUCAAGCAUGUGGACGAUCUCCAUCAAUUCUGCCAUAAAUGACGGCCGGACAGCAUUGUAUGAUGAAAGCUGCUCCUCCACAUUAGCCUCAACAUUCAGCAAUGGAAGGAAAAGGAAUCCUGAAGCUGGCGUGGCGACAACAGAUUUAUAUGGCAACUGUACAUUACGUCAUUCUGGAACAUCUGCAGCAGCACCAGAAGCAGCUGGGGUGUUCGCUUUAGCCCUGGAGGCAAACCCAGGUCUCACCUGGAGAGACUUGCAACACCUCACUGUACUGACAUCCAAAAGAAACCAGCUUCAUGAUGAAGUUCAUAAGUGGCGGAGGAAUGGCGUUGGCUUGGAGUUUAACCACUUGUUCGGCUAUGGCGUCCUUGAUGCUGGUUCCAUGGUUAAAAUGGCUAGAGAAUGGAAAACUGUGCCUGAGAGAUUUCAUUGUAUUGGAGGAUCAGUACAAGAGCCAAGGAAAAUACCUCCAGACGGAAAAUUGGUUCUCACUCUUACAACCGAUGCAUGUGAAGGGAAGGAAAACUUUGUACGAUACCUUGAACACGUCCAAGCUGUAAUAACCGUGAAUUCUACAAGGCGUGGUGACCUAAAUAUCAAUAUGACAUCACCAAUGGGAACCAAGUCCAUCUUGCUGAGUCGUCGUCCAAGGGAUGAUGAUUCUAAAGUGGGAUUUGAUAAAUGGCCCUUCAUGACCACACACACAUGGGGAGAGGACCCAAGAGGUACUUGGGUUCUCGAAAUUGGGUUUGUUGGGAGCAUGCCAGAGAAAGGUGUUCUAAAAGAAUGGACCCUGAUGCUGCAUGGAACUCAAAGUGCCCCUUACAUAGACCAAAUAGUUAGAGAUUAUCAGUCAAAAUUAGCAAUGUCAAAGAAGGAAGAGCUGGAAGAGGAACUGGAUGAGGCGGUAGAGAGAAGCCUGAAAAGUCUAUUAAACAAAAGCAAAAACUAAGCUGUCCUGCAUGUCUGUGUUAUAUUUUCCUUUCCUGAUUUUUUCUCUUUCUGACACUUUAAUCUCUGUAUAGGAUACACUGGCUUCUCAGUAUCACAUGUUUGAAAUAUUUAUAGCCAUCUAUUCCUUUAUUUGGAAUCAAAUAAAUAAAUAAAUAUAUAUAUAUAUUUUUACAGCGUUACCCCUAGUAUUGUAAGGUAAAAUUAACACGCACAAUCUGAGGACGUUUUGUGUAUCAAUCAUUGUUUGUUGAACAAAAGCAAAAUGAAAAAUUGUGUUCAAAAAUAUACUGUAAGUAUAAUAAAAUGAACCCCCAACUAUGAGAGAAUUAUGCAUCGUGUUAAAAAAUUACCUUAAGUAUUUUGUCAAUAGUGUCAAAAAUGUUCAAUGGUUUAAAGGGUUUCUCCACUUUUAUGGACCUCUGUUAUGUCAUUUAGACAAUAUCAAACAUUACCUUGGUUGGGUCUUGAAAGUCUUGUACCCUUGCCACAGAAUGGGGGAAAAAUGUCUAAUCAUGGGCGUUCGACCACCUGGACCCCCUGCAAUCUUCUGAAAGGGCAUAUUUCUUAACCUGGAGCAGUCUAGUCCCCACCUUCUGAGCCAAAACUGGUCUCAGGAGUGAUAGCCCGCUCCACCAAUCACCAGCUGAGACAGGGUAUCGCUGCGGUCAGUGGUUAGCUGAGCUAGCCAAGACCAGUUUGGCUUGGAAGGUGGGUUCCACAGUCCUCCGAGGUAUGAGAUGGGCCCCGUUCUGAAGAUCAUGGAGGGGAAUCCCAGAGGUCAGACCCCCCACCAUAAGAUACUUAUGCCCUAUUCUGUGGAAAAGGGAUACACUUUAUAUAACCAGAAUACCCCUUUAAUUUGCUGAGGAUUUGAUGCUGUAAAUUUAUUCAGUAUAAUUAAAUAGCACAAAAUCAUUAUCAUAAAAUCCACUAGCUGACUAAGUAAUUGUGAUCUUACUCUUACAGUUUUGGUAAAGGCCACUGAUGUGACUCCCCAAUAAAUCCCCAAUAAAUCAGUUUUCUGACUGGCCAUAUAUUUAGCCAUAUAUGUUGGCCAUAUAAUGACCAUUGUAGGACAUUUUUUUUUUAAUCUUAUAAGGGUCUUUUAAAUGAAAGUACAGCCAUGAAUUAGUAAUUUGAAUGAAAAAGAUGCGAAAUGUAAGUAAUUAAAAAAAUUAUAGGUUUGACUGGAAAAUUUGUUUUACUUUUAAUUGGGAUGGGAAAGAAAAAAUAAUUAAUGUACUCAUCUGCCACUGAUCUUUUGAUUGGGCUUAUUUGGUGAUGCCUAUCCCCCCUUUUGAGCACAUCCUGCUCUUCUCUUGACACAUGCUGCCGCAACGGUGACCUGCCCUAGCCAAUGAGUGGCUGAGCGAUGAUUUUCUGCAUGUUGAGAUGAUUGUAGGAAUUGUUGAGCAUGUGGGGACAGCAGCAGUGGGUGAUCGGUGGUAGGUCAAUAUACUUUUCAAGAUUAAUUUAAUCCCACCCUGAGCAUAAUUUAAUUGAUUAAUUAAUUAAUUAAUUAUUUUCCGAACCACCUUUUUAGAUAUAGUUUUAAAAAAAAAUUAAAGUAGGCAUUGCCUAUAACUAAAUAACUAAAUGCGGAAGAUGACAGUGGUUGUCCACUUAUUUGGAGGGUAAGAGUGGGUAGUACCAGAAACCUUUAAAGGGGUACACUGCCCAUAGACAUCUUAUCCCCUAACCAAAGGAUAGUGGAUAAGAUGUCUGAUCGCAGGGGUCCUGCCAAGGCCACCAUGCUCCCUCCCAUAGACUUGCAUUGAGGGGGCAGGGCGUGACAUCACAAGGGGGCAGGGCAGUAACAUCACAAGCCUCCGGCUUGCAUCGCCAGUCAUCAGGCAUGGAGCGAAGUUCGCUCCAUGCACCAGAUGGCAGGGGAUCCUGCAGGAGAGAUCCCAGCGACGGGACCCUUACGAUCCUUUGGAUAGGGGAUAAGAUGUUUAGGGGCGGACUACCCCUUAAAGAAUUAACUUCUGUUGCACACUAUAUUGUCCUUUAUAUUUAUUUCUCCCUAUCACAUUUAGCAAAUAUAAAUAUCAAAAUAAAUAUAGCCAUGGCAGAAGCUUGUGAAAUAUGUUCAACUAUACCAUUCAGAGCAACCUAACACAUGAUCUUCUAAAUAUUUAUUUUUAUUUAAAUAUUUAUAUUAAUUUAAAUAUUCUUUACUAUUUUAAAAUUUUCCAAUAGGAUUGUACUUUACUGUUAUGUCCACAACAUCUGGCCAAUGUGCAAUAAAAUAUUGGAUAAUGUAAGUAACAUUGGUUUUGUAACAUUUGGUAUAGCAAGACAAAAUUGAGAUGUUAAAGCACAAUAUAUAUUGUUUUAAUUUUUUGUAUUUAAAUUAUCAUUAUUAUAAUAGCUUUUCCCAUUUUCAUACAAUUAACACAACAUAUUAUACCAUGAUAACAUGUUAUACCUAGCUUAAGACCUCAAGGAAAAUUGCUUUUAAUGUUGUGUUCUUUAGGCCCUCAGGGCCUGCACUAGGCAUAACACAGUCAGUUUUUCAUGCAGUUUUUUUUCUUUUAAAGGGGUUGUCCUAGGGGGCUAUUAUAAAUAGUUUAGACUGGGUUAAACAGCCUGAUCCCUCUGCCGCUCUUAUAUUCACUGGUUUCCUGUUUAACCCCACUUCCUGGUUAAUGGUGAUGUAAAGGAACACAGUGAGUGUUAAAAUGGCAGCAGUUGGGAGAAUAAGGUAGGUGAGUAAUGAUUUUUUUUCACCCUGUCUGACCCCUUUGGAAAAAUUUCUUGGCAACCUCUGUAAUUCAGGGUAUUGUUAUAUUUCCUACAGGAAAUUAUUUAAUAUUAUAUAUAUUUUUAUUGUAAAACACAAUAUAUAAUGCCAUAUUCAGGUUCCAGUUUUAAAAAGUAAAAAAAUAUAUAUGUAUUAAACUUGGAGAGACAAUAAUAAACCAAAGGAAAAGAUGUAUAUGAGUGUUUGUAUAUGAAGGUGACACACAGAAACUCACAUAAUCUGUGCAGCGCGCAAUUCAUUUGUGCAUGUAAAUGUACUGAUUAUGAAACCAUCCGAAUUUUAUACAACCAUCACUCUCUGUAUAAAAAUAUUUGGCCUUCAUUCCACCUCUGUGAAAAAUUUUAAGUAUCAUGUACAUUCAUUUGCAUUCUUGUAAUCAUGCAGUUCUAUGUUGGAAAAAAAAAAAACAUUAAAUGAUAUAUAGCAGCAAUUUUUAAAUAUGUUUGUUUAUAUUUCUUAGUUAAAGUUUUUUUUUUU